AUGAGGAAAAGCAACGGCGGGGGUCUCGGGGGCGGUGGGGGUCGACCCCGGCGUCGGAGCGGGGAGCGCGGUCUGUCCGAGCCGCCUCAAGCCCGACCACUGCUCCAGCGCCGCCUGCUCCGGCCGCCGCUGCCCCUGCUGCUGCUGGCACUGGCCCUGGGCACCGGGCUCUACGUGGCCUGGGGGCCGGGAGGAGGGACAGGAGCGGUGGGAGAAGGAGGAGUCGGAGAGCAAAGAGCAGCGGCCAAGAGAAGGAACAACCCGGAGCUGCAGGCUCAAGCUCACUCAGGCCGAAGCCUCCCUGAAGUCCACCUUCGGACACUGCUAGGACAGCUGGACCCCCAGCGCCUCUGGGGCAGGUACCUUCAGCCCCUACUGGUUGAAAGGACACCAGGCAGUCCUGGGAACUCGAAGGUCCGACAGUUCCUGGAGGAUGAACUCCGGGCUCUAGGCGCUGGCUGGCAGGUGAAGGUGGAUGCCUUCUCAGCCCCGACACCGCUAGGGCCCAUGGCCUUCGCCAGCGUGGUGGCCACGCUGUCCCCAGAAGCCCCCCGACGCCUGACCCUGGCCUGCCACUUCGACUCCAAGCUCUUCCCUCCAGGUGUGCCCCCUUUCUUGGGUGCCACAGACUCCGCUGUUCCUUGUGCUCUGCUCCUCGAGCUGGCCCGAGCCCUGGACCCGCAGCUCCGCCGCUCCAAGGACCGGGGGGCUCCUGUGACCCUUCAGCUCCUUUUCCUAGAUGGGGAGGAGGCUUUGAAGGAGUGGGGGCCAGAAGACUCUCUUUAUGGGGCUCGGCACUUGGCCCAGCGCAUGGAGCAGACACCCCAUGGCCUGGGCGUCUCAGAGAUUCAGGCGAUUGAACUGUUUGUCCUCCUGGACCUGCUGGGAGCCCCUAACCCCGUCAUUAAGAGUCACUUCCCCAAGACGGCCUCCUGGUUCCAGCGGCUCAGCUCCAUAGAGAAGCGGCUCCACCGGCUGGGGCUCCUGGCCUCCCACCCCCGCGAGCUGAUGUACUUCCAGCAAGGGCCACCCCUCGGGGCCGUGGACGACGACCACGUCCCCUUCCUGCGCCGAGGUGUGCCCGUUCUGCACGUCAUCCCCACGCCCUUCCCCGUGGUGUGGCACACGGCCGCCGACACAGAGGCCAACCUGCACGCGCCCACCGUCCACAACCUCAGCCGCAUCUUUGCCGUCUUCCUGGCAGAGUAUCUGGGCCUGCUCUAGGCCCCGGUGCUGGGGGCGGGGGGGCGGCCCAGGGGGCCUGGAGGGGCCCCGGAGGGUCGGCGGGGCAGGAGCCUGCGAACCUCAGGGAGCCAUGACUGUCGUGUCGCUGCACUCGCCUCCGCUCCUGCCCGCGGGGAGUGCCAGGCCCUGCCGGCUGCCCGCCUCUGUGCUGGCGCCCGAGGACACAAGGCCCAGAAAUGAAAAGCCUCCAAGAACUCGCGUCUCUCCAGGCUUCGCGUGAUUCGCAGCCUCGGGGGCAGGGGGGGGUCCCUUCGCAGGCUGAUGGCAGCCCCCUGGACGGGGAGCCCCGAGUUCACAUCCCGACCCCUGCACUUCCUCUUGGUGGGACCCCGGGGAGGCUGCCUUCUCUGGGCCCCGAGUGUCCCGGGGGAAGAGUGAGGACAAUAAUAUCCUCCCCACCGGGGCCAUCGUGGGGAUCACGGGAGGGAAGGCGUGUCUGGGACAGAGCCGGGUCCGGCCUGCUAGUCCCUCCAGCCAGCCCAGGGGCUCUCCUGACUCUUGGACAGUGAGAAAGACCUCUGAUCCUCACUGCAGGCCAGCUGCUGCUGCCCUGCUUUACAUCUGAGGAAACUGAGGCUCGGGGGUUUGGACCUUGAACGAUUUCCAGCCUCCUGGCUCCUGGCAGGAGGCGUCUGUCAUAGGCGCCUGUGGGGGGUCCUCUACUGACCCACUGCCAGGGGUCUGGCCACAGGGGCACCCACCUGGGCACACAGUCAGCAGGCACCCCGAGGUAAGGCCUGGCUGAGCAAGUGCUCCCCUUCAUGCAGGUGACGUCAGGGUUGGUUCCCACAGAGAGGAGACCAAGGGUGGGAGAGGGUCAGUGACUGGCCCACAGUCACAUAGCCCAGCUGUGAGAUUCCCUUCAGCUUCCUGGCUGGUUUCUCUGCUCAGCUUCGCCCUGUCUGGUCAGUGCCAGAAGGAGCUUCAGUCCCUGGUUCAAGAAGCAUUUCUGGCUCCUUCAGGCCCAGGGACAGCCUCCUCGGCCUGGCCUUGGACACAGGCUCCAGCCCUCCUCCCAUCAUCUCCCGCUCAUUUCUCCUGUCCAGUCCACCUGGUCUGUUGGCUCUUCCCUGAAUGCCACCUUCCCUCUCCCACCUCUGCCUCAGGGAAUCCCGGCUUCCUUCCCCAUGUGGCUCAUGGGAUCCCACACUUCUGUGGCCUCUGCAGGUGCCUCUCAUUUGGGCCCCAGAAAAGAGUUCUGUGAGAGCGGUGCCUUGGGGCUGCUCAUUUUGCAGAUGGGGAAACUAAGGCUCAGGGAGAUAAAACAAGUGUCUGCUGUAGGAUCUGCCCCUCUGCUGGCCCUCUGUCCUCUCCUAAAUACCUCUGUUUGCACAUGGUAGACUGUAAGCUCCACAAGGGCAGGAUUCCCCGUCUUUGUAUUCUCCCUCUGAGCUCUGUGGCCUGGAGGCCCUAAUAAAUGACCUGGAU